UAUAAAUAUUAGAGUAGGGGGAGAACUUCUUUUAUUGUAUCAGUUAGCUUAGAUUCUUAAAGAGAAGAUUACGUCUCGAGAAAGAAUGGCGGAUUCGAAAAGAAGUAAUGAAGAUAAUCCCAAUGGUUAUGGAAAAAAUGAUAAUGGAAGAAAUAGUGAUGGAAAAAAUGGUAAUGGAAAAAAUGGUAAUGGAAGAAUUGGUGAUGAAAAAAAUGGUGAUGGAGGAAAUGGUGAUGGGAAAAACGAUGAAAGCAGAAGCAGUUUUCUACAAACCCCGAAUAUUUCGGGGCCGACACGUCGUCUGCCACUCGUUUCUUAUGUCAGCGAUGGAAAAAAUAUAGAAAUGACCACGUUAGGAGCAUCUCAGAAACCUGAACUCUGCUCUAAACAACAGCAAACCCAGCAGAACACUACUUCUGAUCAUCGUAUACAAUUGCUCAAUACAGUAGCCUACAUGGUGCUGUCAUUUGUCGGUUUAUUCUGCAGCAGUAUAGAUGUAGCGGAAAGAAUUCGCAAUUUUUCAGCUAUGCCAAACUAUUGGUAUAUUGUUUUAGACGCGGUUAUAGCCAUCAACUCGUUGAUAAUCUUUUGUGUUGUCUUUCAUCUUUCAAACAAAAGUGCAAGUUACUCAGACCGCAUGUUCUUCGUCGGUCUCUUUUGUUCCUUGCUUAAUCUGGUGUCUGCUAGCGUUAUGUACCAUCUACAUGAAGAAUGGAUAGCUGUAGUUGUUCUUAUCAGUGCUACGAUGCUUUUAUUUCUGCUGUAUAUACCAUGGUUGAUGUCGAAUUUUGCAGAUAAAAAUAGCUAGACACUGCGAAAAACGUAAUGCAGUGGAGAAAAAGAAUACAAUGAGUUGAAGGUACUUUUGGUGGAGGAAAUUGUUCAUGUUAGUUGGCUUCAUAUCGGCACAGGUGACUUCGUCAGAAAUAUGGAUUGUUAUACUGGAACAUAGAGAAACUUGUGGCUUCAAAAGUAUCUAUAUUUGAAAUUUACUACGAACAUCGAAUAAUUUGAGGUUAAAACCGUCGCUGCAUAUAGAUAUCCUCCAUCAAAGACCAUCUAGAUAUCCACACCACCUCAAAUAUCACAACCAACUUCACACUAACAAUUAGAACUUGAUUUUUUUUUCUCUAUCAUUUUCCCGUUUUUCAAACGAUGGUCAGUUUUUCUCAACUCGCCUUCUCGUCCACUGUAUUCUAUGUGAUUUAUUUAAACUGUUGUCUGCUACUUUUGACUUCGGUUUACAAUAUAACGUUUGUAUUUUAUGUGUUCCGACGUUGAUGUCGAAUAUUUACAAGUUUCAAAAUCUGUAACUAACUUCAACUCUUUAGAUUCCUUUAUUCUGGUUUUAUUUUCUGCCACCUGGCAGAACCGUUAACCUGCCGGGCAAAAUGCUUAGCGCCGUUUCGUCCAUCUUUACAUUGUGAGUUGAAAUUCCGCUAAGUUCGACUUUGCCUUUCCUCUUUCGGAGGUCGAUAAAAUAAGAGUUGAAUGGGUUAUCAGCUUCGCCCUCUCUCGAAAUUGCGAAAAUUUGAAAUACCCUGGCUACACUUUUACCUGUAAAACCUUCAGAUUUUUUCUUUUCUAAAUUUGUCAUUUCUUAAACCUAUUGCAAUUUUAUACUCUAAGCUUAACUGCAAAUUUUGUAACUAUUUGAAUAAAGAAUACUUGAAAUGUU